AUCACCAUGUCUAUUCGCUGCAGCUCAAGCAGGCAAUUCUCUUCCUCCCGAAGUGGAGGAGGAGGAGGAUCAUGCAGAAUUUCAAGCAGCAAAGGCUCCCUCAGUGGGGGAUUUAGCUCCGGAGGGUGCGGUGGUGGCUCUUUCAGCCGUGGGAGCUCCAGUGGAGGCUGCUAUGGGGGUGGAUCAUCUGGUGGCUUUGGAGGAGGAAUGGGAGGAGGAAUGGGAGGAGGCAGCUUUGGUGGAGUUUAUGGAACCAGCAGCUGUGGUGGUGGGGGCUAUGGAGGAGGCAGCUUUGGAGGUGGCAGCUUUGGAGGGGGUGGCUUUGGUGGGGGUAGCUAUGGUGGGGGCAGCUUCGGUGGGGGCAGCUUUGGUGGAGGCAGCUUCGGAGGCGGCUUUGGUGGUGGCGGAUAUGGAGGAGGAGAUGGCGGCCUUCUCUCUGGAAAUGAGAAAGUAACCAUGCAGAAUCUGAAUGACCGCCUGGCUAGCUACUUGGAUAAAGUUCGGGCUCUGGAAGAAUCAAACCAUGAGCUAGAAGGCAAAAUCAAGGAAUGGUAUGAAAAGCAUGGCAAUGCAGGCCAGCGAGAGCCUCGUGACUACAGUAAAUACUACCAAACCAUCGAAGACCUUAAAAAUCAGAUCCUCACUCUAACAACCGACAACGCUAAUGUCCUGCUUCAGAUUGACAAUGCCAGGCUGGCAGCUGACGACUUCAGGCUGAAGUAUGAGAAUGAAGUGGCCCUGCGCCAGAGCGUGGAAGCCGACAUCAACGGCCUACGCAGAGUGCUGGAUGAGCUGACCCUGACCAAAGCUGACCUGGAGAUGCAGAUCGAGAGCCUGACCGAAGAACUGGCCUACCUGAAGAAGAAUCAUGAAGAGGAAAUGAAAGACCUUCAGAAUGUGUCCACUGGUGAUGUGAAUGUGGAAAUGAAUGCUGCCCCAGGUGUUGACCUGACUCAACUUCUGAACAACAUGAGAAGCCAAUAUGAACAACUUGCUGAACAAAACCGCAAGGAUGCCGAAGCCUGGUUCAAUGAAAAGAGCAAGGAACUGACUACAGAAAUCGACAGUAACAUUGAACAAGUGUCAAGCCAUAAAUCUGAGAUCACUGAAUUGAGACGCACUGUUCAAGGCCUGGAGAUCGAACUACAGUCCCAACUAGCUCUGAAACAAUCCCUGGAAUCCUCCUUGGCAGAAACGGAAGGUCGCUACUGUAUGCAGCUCUCUCAGAUUCAGGGCCAGAUCUCCGCUCUGGAGGAACAACUGCAACAGAUCCGUGCUGAAACCGAGUGCCAGAAUGCCGAGUACCAACAGCUCCUGGACAUCAAGAUCAGACUGGAGAAUGAAAUUCAAACCUACCGCAGCCUGCUAGAUGGAGAGGGAGGCACCGGAGGCGGCUCCGCAGGCGGCUCCUACGGCGGCGGGCGCGGCGGCGGAAGUUCCGGCGGCGGAAGUUCCGGCGGUGGCUACGGCGGCGGGUCCGGCGGCGGCAGCUCCGGCGGUGGCUACGGGGGCAGCAGUUCCGGCGGCGGGGGUUCCGGCGGCGGCUACGGCGGCAGCAGUUCCGGCGGCGGCCAAAGGCCUUCCGGGUCGGAGAGCUCAAAGGGACCAAGGUCAGCAGAAACAAACUGGGAUACUGACAAAAUCAGGGUAAUCAAGACAAUUAUUGACGAGGUGGCACCUGAUGGGAGAGUCCUUUCAUCUGUGGUUGAAUCAGAAACCAGGAAACACUACUAUUAAGCCACAGCGACUGAAAAGAGUCUCAAUUCUACAAAAGCCAUUUGAUACAGAAAUGCAGGAGGAAAAUCUCCAGGGACGCACUUCAGUCUUAAUGGUCUAUGGAAAUAGGUUCACUCCUCGAAAAUAAUUGAUCUACAGGUGUUUUGUGGUUUCUGUAGUUCUUCUUUUCACUUGACCAGAAAGUGAUUUUAAUGGAUAAAAAGGAAAAAACCUUUCUGUUCUCAUUUACUAAUGAAUUUCAAUAAACUUUCUUACUGCUGCAAACUAUCCAUUUGGUCGUAACUGUCCUUAUUUAAAUUAGGUAAUAAUUUUAACUUUGAAGAUAGAUUUAUCCCAGAAAUUCUCAAGACGGGGUUAUUGUCAUGAUGAUUUCUCAGUAAUCUCACUGACUAAAAAAACACAUGAGUCAACAAUCUUAUUCUUUCUUAAAAAUACACAAUAUACUGAAAGCAGCCCUGGCUUUCAAAUCAUUUCAAUCCUAGAAAUUCUAAAAUAACUCCAUUAAGAUCCAAAAAAUUAAUUGGAAUUUUCACUUUCUGAUCACUUCUCACAUAUAC